AGUCUUAGUAAACUGAGUUGGUAACAAACAUGAUGUGUUAACUCAUUACUCGCUACAAGAAUCGAUAUUAAUUACAUAGAAUCAAUUAACAUGAGAAAGUUAAUAUUUUGGUUCGCAAUUUUAAUAACAAAACAGUGUUUUUGUGAUGAUACGGUUGAAAUAAGUUUAAAACAAGGUGUAGUUUUAGGUAAAGUAGAAAAGAGUUUGGUUAAAAAGCAAGAUUUUUAUAGUUUUCGAGGCAUACCUUUUGCGGAACCGCCAACAGGAGAAUUAAGAUUCCAGCCUCCAAAGCCGCACGAUGGUUGGAAUGGCAAUUUGGAAGCCUUUGACAACAAGCCAACAUGCAUGCAGUUCAGCUCCAGAAUGCGGAACAAGGAGCCUUUCGGUAUAUCUGGCUCCGAAGAUUGCCUGUACAUCAGUGUUUACACACCAGACGUCAAAGGAAAUGCCCCAGUCAUAGUGUUUGACUACAACGAUCAGUUCAGAACAUGGUUUAAUGGCACUAAUACCUAUUCUCCGGAUUUCUUAGUCGAAGAAGGCGUCAUUGUUGUCACUAUAAGCCAUCGACUUGCUAUUCUCGGAUAUCUGACUACUGAAGAUGGUGUCAUUAAAGGCAAUAAUGGCUUAAGAGAUUUUAUUUUAGGUCUAGAAUGGGUAAAAAAUAACAUAGAGAAGUUUGGUGGUGAUCCUUCCAAAGUUACUUUGAUGGGAAGUCGUGGUGGUGCUGCACUGGCUGAUAUAUUACUUUACUCAGAAAAGGCUAAAGGUCUUUUCUCUGGUGCUAUUCUUCAAAGUGGAACUUCUUUUGAGGCUAUGUACUUUUAUAAUAAUCCUAAGAAGAAGGCAUUCCAACUUGGAGGAGCUUUAAAUAUCACAGCAGCUGACAGUAAGGAAUUGUUACAAGAACUGCAAAAAAUAGAUGUGGAAACACUUCUACGUGCUGAAAUAGAUACAAUAGAUAAUGAAUCAUAUGAUGAAUAUCAGAUUAGUUCAUUCCCAUUUGCACCUGCCAUUGAGGAUGAUUUGGAGGAUGGAGUUCUAACAACUCUACCAGAAAAGGGGAAGUUCGUCAUUGAUGUGCCAAUCAUAAUUGGAUUCAAUUCACGAGAAGGUCUGGAUCUCACAACUAACUUAAUAGCUGAACCCAGACUUUUGACUGACGAAACUGAACAAAAUAUAUUACAGUUCCCAAUUAGAACAGAGUUCAGGUUCAAUCGCGAAAGUUCUAAAUACAAGGAAGCUGGGAAAGAAAUCGUGAACUUUUAUUUGGAAGACAAAUCACUUCAUUAUGGGAAUAUUUUAGAGUACUCUGAGUACAUGGCGGAUGCUUUGCAGAAUUUUGCAAUAGAUUUAGCUGCGCACAAAAUGGCAGAAAGUUUAUCGUCUCCUGUUUUCUAUUACCUCUUCGAUUUUCGUGGUCAGUGGAACGAAAACAGCCAGUAUAUUUUGACUAUUUCCAGAUAUAAUUUAGGACCCCAUGGAGCGACUGUGGGUGAUGAGUUAUGCUAUUUAGUCGUAUGCUCUCGUAUCAAGAAGAGCUACAGGCAAAUCCUGAGUCUAGCAAGUGAACAGAACGAAGUUAAAGUGGCGAAGAGAAUGGUCCGAAUGUGGAGUAACUUCGCUAAAACAAGGAACCCCACACCAUCAAAAGACGACCCAAUACUCAAAGGCUUUGUUUGGAAGCCGAUAAGCAAGGAGCCUGACACCAACUACCUUCACGUCACAAAGCUACUCCGCAUGAAGACCAAUCCUCUUGGGGAACGCAAGAAGUUCUGGAACAAUCUCUUAGAUAAAUAUUCCAAGAUGGCCGUCGAUGGGCUUAUCACUGAUGAACCUGGUCAUGAAGAACUAUGAUGAUAUUUUGAGUUACUGUUAGACCUUAAAAAUUAAAGUGUUUUUUUUUUAAUACGUU